AUGAACAGCAAAGUGUCUCAGUCUGGAAUCCAACUGCUUACACAAAAUGAGGAGUUCCGCAUUGUUCUGGUCGGGAAGACAGGAGCUGGGAAAAGUGCUGCAGGAAACACCAUUCUAGGGAAAACAGUUUUCACAUCAACAUUUUCCUCUAUUUCUCAGACAAAAGACUGUAAAAAGACAAGAGGGAAGGUGGUUGGUCAGGACGUGACUGUUAUUGACACCCCAGGUUUGUUUGAUACUUCAUUGUCCAAUGAGGAGUCACUGAAAAAGAUUGCUAAAUGCAUCUCUUUCUCUGCACCUGGUCCCCAUGUGUUCCUGGUUGUGAUCCAACUGGGAAGAUUCACUGAAGAGGAGCAGAAAACUCUGGAGAUAAUUGAGAGAUUCUUUGGUGAUGAAGCAUCGAAAUACACCAUGGUUCUCUUCACACAUGGAGACCUUCUUGUUGAUAAUGAUGUUACAAUUGAACAGUUCCUGCUUAAAAAUUCAGAUCUGGAUAGUGUACAUUCCCAAUGCAGUGGGGGAUAUCAUGUCUUCAACAAGAAAGAUAAGAAUCCCUCCCAGGUUACUGAGCUGCUUGAGAAGAUAAACAAUAUGGUGAAGGUGAAUGGAGGAAGCCACUACACCACUGAGAUGUUCCAGAAGGCUGAGAGAGCGAUUGAAGAAGAGAAGAACAGGAUCAUGAGAGAGGAAGAAGAGAAGAUACGCAGAGAGGAGGAGAAACUGAAGAAAGAAAAAAUGAAACAAGAGGCUCGGGAGAAAGAGCUUAAAGAGGAGAAUGAGAGGAUCCUGAGAGAGAACAAAGAGCAGAAACGCAGACAUGAGGAGCAACUGAAGAAAAUGGAACAAGAGGCUCAGGAGAAAGCGAUUACAGAGGAGAAGAAGAGAAUCCAGAGAGAGAAGGAAGAGCAGAGACUCAGGGAGGAGGAACUGGAGAAAAUGAAACUGGAAAAAGAGGCUAAAGAGAAAGAAAUAAAGGAGCUCUGCAGGUCGGGGUCCCGGAGGAGGGGGGCGAGGGGUCGCCCCAGCUCGGGGGUGCAGGGGAGGGACUAG